AUGUCUCAACACAUCCGCCAAGGGGCCCCUACGCCUGGGCUAAUUCUCCGUGAUACUGAGAAAACGUCCUCAAGAAUCUCGAGCAGCACAGAGCCUGAAGAUCAAUGGUCUCCACAUGAGGAAAAGGUUGCAUUGCGAAAGCUUGACUGCUAUCUUAUGCCUUUGCUAGUAGCCGGCUUCCUGGUACUCCAGCUCGACCGCAGCAACAUCAGCAAUGCGAUGACAGAUACCUUAACUGAGGACCUGAAAAUCACCGCGGAUGAUGUCAACGUGGGGUCUCAACUCAUGUCAGCCGGCAUUGUCAUCGCAGAGCUCCCUUCAAACCUCAUCUUGCAGCGUGUUGGCGCUCCUGUCUGGCUGACCUUCCAAAUGGGUGUGUGGGGUACUAUUGCACUGACCCAGGCCUGGUGCACUAACAUCAACUCUUUUCUGGCGACGAGAUUUCUUCUUGGGAUUUGGGAAGGGGGUUAUAUCCCGGGUGGUCAGUAUAUGCUGGCUCUGUUCUAUACCCGCGAGCAGUUGGCGCUACGAACCGCAAUUUUCUACUUUGGUAACUAUGCAGCUACGGCAAUCGGUUCUCUGAUGGCGGCGGGUAUUCUAAAAUUGAGUGGAACCCUGGGCUACUCUGGGUGGCAAUGGUUAUUUAUCGUCGAGGGAGCAAUCACGCUGGUUGUUUUUCUCGCCUUUGUUAUAUUCCUCCCCAAAAGCCCCGGCCACACAGCUCCCAUUCACGGCUAUUUCGACCUUUUCACCCCUCGCCAACGUCAAAUUCUUCGAGCCCGAAUCAUGGCAGAUGAUGAGACGAAGGGCGCCGACAAGGCUCAUUUCACGCUCAGAUCUUUUGCCGAGGCCUUGAGGGACUACCGUCUCUGGCUUCAUUUGCUUCUGAAUCUUGUCGCCCUGUCGCCCAAAGGCGGGUUACAACUCUACGGUCCCACCAUCAUCAAAAACCUUGGAUUUUCUCGCACCAACGCAAAUCUUCUCAAUGCUGUGAGCAGCGUUCUUGUCAUCCUUCUCUCAUGGCUCAUUUCCUUCGCCUCGGACAGGACGCGGUGGCGAGGCCCAUGGUGCAUCGUGGCUUUUUCCUGGUCCAUAAUCUUCGCAGGGGUGUUAUACGGUUUGCCCUCGGGAUCCGACAAAUGGGCACAAUAUUCCAUCUUCACAUUACUGAGCGGCGGCAAUGCCCUAGCACAGGGUUUGAAUGAUGCCUGGGUGAGCAUCAAUGCCGUGAACCCGUCCAAGAGAAGUAUCGGUCUCGCCAUGGCUGUGAUGGGUAGCAAUCUGGGUGCCAUUGCGGGAGGAGAGGAAUUGAAGAUCCAUGGGCAGGUGAUCGAGAUACCAGCAGAUGGAGGGAAACGCUUCGACUUGUAA